AUUGCGUUUGAUGUCGAUAUUAAAUAAAUUAAAAGAGGAAUGAAGUCGGACACGCCUACUAGAUCGACGCGCAAAAUCACAUGAUCACGUCUACGCCAAUCGUAUCAUACCCGGAAAUGCUGUAGUUUUAGAACUAGUGUGGGUUCGAAAAUGUAUUAAUUUAAUCCUAACUAGAAGCAUUGGCCAAAUCACCGGAUUCGUUUUUACUGAAGGACGGUUGUAGCCAGCUUCUUAUGAAUGCUUUAACUGGUAGUCCAGAGCGUGACACUUUUUUGGUACAGUAGGGUAACAUAUUACUCGUGAUGCCAUUCAAAACGCGAAAGCUAGGGUCUCCUAAAAGCUAAAACAAUAUGCUAUAGCUAGCAAUAUUGUAUUUACUUGCAAGUUGUUUUAUAGUUUAUGAUUGGCAAUGAAGACUAUUGAGGAAUCGUGUUGUGUUGUCACCGUAUCUGAGGCCCCCCUCGACCUCAGUUCUUUGUCCCAGAAUAAAGCAAUGAGUUGCAGUGGAGUAUAUCUAAACUACCAGUCUGGGAUUGUAAUCUGUACUGGCAUUGUGUUUUCUAAUUUUGUAAGUGAGAAGCAAAAAGUUAAGAAAGACUUACAGACAUUGCAUUCUGACAGUUUCAGUAAAGAUAUGAAAGUGUAUGUAGAUCACACAGAGCUCACUGAUGUAUCUUAUAAACUAAUGGACAGACCCAAUGUGAUCCGUCAAGAGGCUGAAUUGUUAAUGAUGGUUAACUGUGUAGAGUUUCAAGAUGCAUUUCACAAAAUCUUUAAGGGGGCAGAUAACUGGGGCUUUUAUGGUGGCAUUGAGGAUUCAGGGGUUCUGGAAGACUCCACGUUCCUAAGCUGGUUCGCCUUUCUUAAAGUGCCUUCUUCAUCCACCUAUAGCGAAUCACUGCCUUGGCUGAAGAGUGACACUCUUAAAAAGGGAUUUAGUGUCCUUGCCUGUGGGUCUCCUUUUGGUGGUCUAUGUCCAGAUCUCUUUAUGAACACAGUCAGUAAAGGCAUUGUGAGUAAUCUCGCUGGAGAUGAGAAUGCACUGAUCCUGACUGAUGCCCGCUGUUUGCCUGGCACUGAAGGAGGAGGACUGUUUGUUAGUGAAGAAGAUAGAGCUUAUCUCGUGGGCUUGAUCAUUUCACCUCUAUGCUGGAAAUCAGAAGAAUGGAUUGGGUUAACACUAGUGUGCUCCGUUGACUUAAUUCUGAAAAACGCCCUAAAGGCUGUAGGCUCUCAGGAAACACUGACAGAAAUGUCAUUACAUUUUAUCCGUAAAUCUCUUCAAGCACCAUUAACAAACAGACGGUCAGAGUCUGAACGUUAUCCUGGAGUGGUACUGAUCGACGCAGAUCGGCUGUGGGGUUCUGGUGUACUGCUAAACCAGCAUUUGGUUCUGACCUGCAGGCAUCUGGUGAAUGAAAAAUCUCUGGUUACAGUUAAAGCAGAUUUAGGAGGAAGAUUUCAUGUGAUGAGUGGUAAGGUGCUGUACUCCUCAGCACCAUCAUCUCCUUAUGAUAUUGCUGUGGUGGAGCUUCAGGAGCCCCUCAUGAACAUAGUUACUCCACGGUUUGCUAGACACUUUUACCCAGGUGAAGAUGUGGUUGUCGUUGGUUUUGGGGCUUUAGGAGGUAGCUCUGGCCCAUCUUUCACCUCAGGGAUCUUAUCCAGAGUUAUCACCCAUCAGUCACAGCCUGUAAUGUUGCAAACUACAUGUGCAGUACAUUCUGGAGCCAGUGGUGGCGCUGUGGUUCGUUCUGGGACUGGGGAAUUGUUGGGUAUCGUGUCUAGCAAUACAAGAGACUACUCAGCGAAAGUGACAUAUCCACAUUUAAACUUCAGUGUCCCAGUGACAGUUCUGGAACCGCUGCUGGGACUCUUUGCACAAACUGGAAACGCGGCGGUGUUUAAGGCCUUAGACAGUGCAGAGAAGGACGUCAGAAAAACAUGGAGACUACAAAGCCUUCAAAGCAAGCUUUGAUUGUCCUCAUCAAUCAAAUGUAAUUGUAGAAGACCUUUAAAAAUGGAUGAUAUCAUUAGGAAAAUGAAUCACUUUCUUUUAUAAAAAGAUAAGAAGUCUGAGAAAUGUUAUUCAAUCUUAGAGUAAUCCGUUACCUAAUAGUGUAUUAACAAAAUGUAGGUGUUCCUGAGUGUGAUGCGUGGAUGGACAUUGGGCUCACAACAGCUCAACUAAGCACGUCGGAUAAAAACAGGCUUGAUUAAAGCAUUUUAACAUAUUAAUUAUUUUAAUUUCUGCACUUCUUUACAAUGUACAUCAAGCAAAUUAACAUAAUGACUGUUCAAGAUAAAAUAUUUUAUGAUGAUGCUGUAGAAAGCACCUUUAAAUUAUGCCAUGGUUAUACCAUGUUUCAUUACCUAAUACAGUGUAUUGUAAUUAGUUAUGCCCCCAGUAAUGUAUUUUUCAUUUCAAUUCUUAAUUAUUCCAACCAAAUAAAACCCCAAAAAAUUUUAACCCAAAAGUAUGUUAACCAAUAUCCAACCAUCCCACUGGAUACAAAGGAAGGUGCCACACUGGAUCCCAAACAUAUGGGUGCCAACACAGUAGACCUCAACAGUUUCUUCAUAUAAUUUUUUGAUUUUAAUCAAUUGUAGGACAAAUAUUUCAAAGAUGUGUGUUAACUUAAUUUCUUCAAUAAAGAUUUGAAUUACUUUUAAA